UUUAUCUAUUUAUAAACAGGAAAGAUUUAGGGUUUUGGCAUUUUCUUGAUAACACAGAAGAUUUAUUCUUUCAAAUUUUGUUAUACUCAUUUCAGGUCUUAGUCCAAUUCGUAUGGUCAUGGUGGAAAGGAAGCCCGCGGGGAAAAAGGACCAGAGCAGCAAAAAGUGGCGGUGGAUUGUCGGAGCGGUGAUCGCGGUCUUGAUCGCCGCCGCAGUCGCCUCUUCCAGACAUUCCUUCUUACAUGCUAAUAAAUCAUGCAGCUGCGCCAAGGAUUCACGGAAAUACACAGGUAUAGUGGAAGACUGUUGUUGUGACUAUGAGACUGCUGAUACCAUCAAUGAGGAAGUUUUGCAUCCAUUGUUGCAAGAGCUUGUCCAAACCCCAUUCUUUAGAUAUUUCAAGGUUAAGCUAUGGUGUGACUGUCCUUUCUGGCCUGAUGAUGGUAUGUGCCGCUUACGUGAUUGCAGUGUCUGCGAAUGCCCGGAAAAUGAAUUUCCCGAGCCUUUUAAAAGGCUAGGGCUUCCUUCGGAUGAUUUGGCUUGCCAAGAAGGGAAUCCUCAGGCUGCAGUUGAUCGAACACUGGACAAUAAGGCUUUCAGAGGAUGGAGUGUAACAGACAAUCCCUGGACUAAUGAUGAUGAGACUGAUAAUGCUGAGAUGACAUAUGUAAAUUUGCAAUUGAAUCCUGAACGUUACACUGGCUAUGUUGGUCCGUCUGCCAGAAGGAUAUGGGAUGCCGUUUACUCAGAAAAUUGUCCAAAAUAUUCUUCUGGAGAGACUUGCCAGGAGAAAAAAGUAUUGUACAAGCUGAUAUCUGGUCUUCACACUUCAAUUUCGAUCCACAUAGCUGCUGAUUAUCUUCUUGACGAGGCUACUAACCAGUGGGGGAACAAUCUUCAAUUGAUGUAUGACCGUGUUCUAAGAUACCCUGACCGUGUCAGAAAUUUGUACUUCACACACCUCUUUGUUCUGCGAGCUGUGACAAAGGCAAAAGAAUACUUGGAGCAGGCUGAGUAUGAUACGAGUAACCAUGCAGAGGAUCUGAAAGCACAGUCCUUGUUACGUCAGCUGCUUUAUAACUCCAAACUAGAAGCUUCUUGCCCACUUCCUUUUGAUGAAGCUAAACUGUGGCAGGGAAAAGGCCAUCCUGAAUUGAAGCAGCAGAUUCAAAAGCAAUUUAGAAAUAUCAGUGCCCUGAUGGAUUGUGUAGGAUGUGAGAAGUGUCGUCUCUGGGGAAAACUUCAAGUUCUUGGUCUUGGCACUGCCUUAAAGAUCCUCUUCUCUGUUGAUGACCAGAAACUUCCAAAUCAACCUCUUGAAUUACAGAGAAAUGAAGUCAUUGCUUUAAUAAACCUGUUAAAUCGAUUAUCCGAAUCCCUCAAGUUUGUUCGUGACAUGGGACCUUCAGCCGAAAAGAUAAUGGGAGAGAUAACAUCCGAAUCUUCAGAAUCUUCAGAUGAACAGUUUGGCUUAUUGCAUAGAAUUAGGAAUUCAGCAUUCUUUCACAGGUAAGAAAAAUGCCAUAUUCCAUCUUGUAACAACACAUUUGUAUCAAAUUUGCGGAAGGCAACAACAGAGAUAUUUGAAGAUAAGAACUGUAGAACUUUUGGAGAAUUUAAAAAUACUGGAUUUGACACCUCAAGUUAGUGUGUGUGGUAGAUGUUAACUGUAGCUCCAUGAACUUAGAAACGUGACCAUAAACAAGUUUUGCAAUAUACAAAUACUGUGUUUUUUUUCUAUU